CGUCCUGCUGCUGUCACGUGAUCACACGUGAAACCUGUGGCCUCGACCAACCUCAGUCACCGUCACCUGCCAAUGCUGACCCGCAAUCACUACGUGCCAUAAGAUCUAACCGUUGUUCGUCGAAUCGACGGUUGGCACGACAGGGCUCACCAGCCACGAGCUGUGGGCCAUGAGCCAUGUCAUCUGCCACGUGAGCGUCGACCAUAUCCAUCCCGUCUCGGAGCUCGUCGACUGUAGAUAUCUUCCCCCCCCCCCCUUCUUCCGAAGAAGUAGAAGUUUUCUUUUGGGAGUUAGGCAUGAGGAAGGAGGGAGCGGUGGGGAGAUACAAAAGGGCGACAGCGCCGCUGGACGAGACAGCCAGGGCGCGGCUUUGGGAUUCGGCAGGAGGCGAGCCGGCCGAGGAGUCUCCCGACUCGGCAGACGAGCUGGCCGACCUCGUUGACUCGUUCUAUGACGUCGAGGAGGAUCCGGAAGCGAGGGACGGCCGAAAGCGACGAUCAAAUGGGAGUAGGUUGAGGUCGUGGAGGGAGGAGGGGCUCCGGGGCGGAGACUGGUGGCGCUCGCUCGAGGCCGUGCUGGGCGAGUCGGAGGGAGACUCGAUGUCGGGUCGGAUUCGAGCAACGGCGGAAGGGGCCCUCGAGGUGGUCGGGUCUACGAAGGGGGCUAAAAGAAGGGUCGUCAGUUUGCUCCGAAAGAAAGGGUUGGAUGCUGGGCUCUGCAAGUCCUCAUGGGAGAGAGCUGACAGAGUCCCUGGCGGCUACCACGAGUACAUCGACGUGAUCGCCAGGGGCGGCGCACGCUACAUCGUGGACAUCAAUCUUGCCGCAGAAUUCGAGAUCGCCAGGCCGACCACCGACUACGUGAUGCUCCUCCGCGUUCUUCCGACGGUGUUCGUCGGCAGCCGAGACUUGCUUGAGCGCGUCGUGAAGCUGAUGUGCGCCGCCGCAGCGGAGUCCAUCAGAGGCGCGGGCAUGCAAGUGCCGCCGUGGAGGCGGAGGGAGUAUGUGCGAGCAAAAUGGUUCAGCUCCUACGGGAGGACCACCGGCGGCGUGCUCGCGGAGAAGGGUGCCGUUUGGGUCGUGGGAGAGGCGGCAGGGGUCUCGUGUUGGUGGUGGGAAGCUGUGUAGGGUAGAUGCUGCUGGGUGCAGGGAGAUGCCGGUGAGCAGGGAAAACGUGGCCAUGGCACGAAGGGGCAUGCAGAGACAGUGCGGCAUUUAGUGUCGGAUGCUAAUCUCUUUAAUGAAAGACAAGAACACCUUCGACCUGAAAUGAUGUAACUCUGUACGUUUGUAGAGAAGAUGAAGAGAGAUGGAAGAAAGGGCUUUCACUUACUGUUCAUAGCCUUUUGUUUGUUUUAGUUGGUUCAUCAUAUUUGCUUGACAUUAUACAUGAACUUAAAGAGCAAGUUACCCAA